CUCAGAAGUAGAACUUUUCAUGAGUUACUGCCCUUGUCUUAAACUCUCCAGUUAGUACAAUCAGAUUUGUCAGUCGACAUAGAUGCUCAGUGACAGAAGUUUCCACGCGCACUACAUACGGCAAAGAUGCCACCACACCUUGUACAGAGUACAACCCCUUAUCGUAUCCUGUAGUCCCACAGUCUUUUUACUAUUAAUUGAAUAAACUGACGUACAGGAACCUAGUCUUUCGUGUCAGUACAAGAAUCCAUUUAAGAAAAUGAUUAAUUUUUUUUUCUCCAGGAGAACUCGUACCCAGAUUUAUCAGGUAAUAUGGCAAAGUUUUUCUCCAGGAGAACCCGUACCCAGAUAAUUGAUGGUACUUCUCUUGGAGAACUCGUAAUUUCUCGGUACGAGUUCUCCUGGGUACGGGUUAUUAUUGGUACGAAUUAUCCUGAUACCGCCAUACCUAGCCAUCUUGAACGCAGCCAAUAGUAUGGUCAAAGUAUAGUGACACUAAGACAUCGAUAUUUAGAAAAUCAAUCAACAACCCAGAACAGGAAGUCAUCUACUUAGACGGAGUUGUCAUGGCUCGGUCUCAGGCCCAGGACGUCAUCCGAUGUCAGUACUGUGAGGAGGAGCCUGCUCUGUUUCAAUGUGUUCCCUGUGGAGAUGAACUCUGUCCUCGCUGUAAAAAGUUUCAUCUUAAGAGCAAGGUUCCCUCGGGACAUAAUGUCGUACCGAUAUCCGAGAAACUCCACCCCACUAACGUGGUAGAAAUGUGUGAAAGUCACCCGUCCAAACCAUACGAUGCUUGUUGUGAAGAUUGCCAAGUUCCGGUCUGCAUUUUAAGCAUUCAAGAAAUUCACAAUACACACAGAAUUGGAAAAAUGCUGGAUAUGUACGAAAAACAAAAGGCUGAAGCUAUGAAAGAGCUCUCUGAAAUGAAAACGCAGAAGAGAGCACAUGUUAUAGAAAGGAUUCAAGAUGUUGAAGAUGGAGAAUCACAGGUGAAGAACAGCCACAAACAUAGGAGUUGGGAAAUGAAAAGACAAGCCAAAGAUUUUACGGAUCAUAUCAACGCCAUGUUACAUGAAUAUCUAGGUGAGUCUGCGUCAAAUGCGAAAAGUCAAUUAGAAGAAUUAUCACUAUAUAAAGCCGCGUUAGAAGAAUAUAAACAAAAUCUAGAACAUGUCAUUGAAAAACUAGAAAUCCUCACAGAAUCAAGACCUCCCGCUAACUUUAUCUUGUACCGGAAACAAAAUCCUGAAUUGGUCAAGCAGUUAAAAUCUCCAGACAGACUGGUGACCGCUGAUCCCACAUUCAAGCCCGGCCAGUUAAACAAAGAACAGAACAAGACACAGUUUGGACAUAUGACCAAAUUCAGCUUAUGCGAGUGGUGACAGAUGAUAGGACACAAUGUGCACAGCUGACUGGAAGAAAACAGAAAAGAAGAAAAGUCAAAAUGCCGGCGUCUGCAAACAGUACAUUAUUGCCCAAAAUAAUAUUACAACGACCAGUGAAGCUGAGUCAUUUAAAACUUGACAAGAAAGAUUUACGUCACGUGACGUGCAUUAGUGAUGACAGAGCGUACAUCAGGGAGGCUUGUUCUGGGAUACUUUUGAUUGACAGGCCAAGGCCACACCUCGACACCAUCAAUACUCCUGAAGUAACGCCUGUCCAGCUGGCUGUGAUGAAGGAUGGAAGUCUGAUUUAUUAUGUCUACGAUGAUCGUACCAUCUACCGAAUGUCUCCCAAUAAACAGACAACUAAAGUUGUAAACAUUUCGGGCUAAGUUUCCGGUCUGUGUUGUACCAGGUCGGGAGAAAUCCUGGUCACUUUGUAUAGUGCUAUACCCCGUUGUGAUUUUGUAGAAACAUAUACAAUUACAGUGGCCCGGUGCAGUGGUAGCGGAUGGGAUCGCUGUUGACCAGUCCGACAACCUUUGGCUGACAGAAUGUGACAAUGUCAAAGUGUACCAGCAUCUGACGAAAAUUGAUCUUAAUUUAUCAUGCUAUCUUGCUAUCUAUACAGAUAUAUGCAGCAUUAUAUACUGUUAGUAGCCUUGCAUAAUCUGUUCAAAGAAUGUACAUUCAUUUUAUUCCCAGGCGGAAACCCUGUAUGUAAUCAUAGCAUGUACUACUACCCCUCCCCUUUACCCAGGGUUAUUGUUCUUUGCACAUAUAUCUGUGAUUGUAACAAUAACGCUGGGUGGAAAUUGGCAAUGUAGGCCUACAUAUGGGGCGGUCCUUCGGAUAAGACCGCAACAACUGAGGCUCCGUGUCACAACAAGUGUGACACAAUAACGAUCCCUCCCUGCUAAAAGGCCGCAAGCCUAAAUUUUGCAGCCCUUCACUGGCAAUGGUGAUGUCUCCGUAUGAUCGAAAACAUUCUCCAGAGGGAUGUAAAACAAUAUACAUGUACAAUCAAUCUUCAUGUUUGUCUCGCUUUUGUGCGCUCUUGUUUUUAAGCAGUCAUGUACGUUUUUUUUUUUCUUCUUCUAGAUCUAUACUGUUCAAUACAUUCUAUAGAUCAAUGUAAGGGGAUGCAUUUGAUAUGUAUGACAACUUGGGAAGUACCUGUCCCCCACUUUUUUUGACAACGAUCAUUAUUUGUUAUGUAUAAUUUCUAGAUAUGACUGAUAACAAAGAUGCAUUGCAUUUUAAGAAUAGCGGAAUUCAGAAGAAAUGACGAAUAUAUUGUCCCGUUUUAUACGGAUUAAGGGGGGCACUACUGCCAGAUAAGACGAAGUUCCAGUUUAAAGGCGAACCUUUGACCGAACACAAUCCGCAUACAACAAAAUUGAUAUACAUAUCAUGUAUUUUGAUAAAGUAAAUUUGAAAAUUUGCCUCACUAGACAGAUGUAUUAUCACGAGUAUUUAUAUAAUGCUUAUUGAUGUUAAUCUUCAUAAUCUUGACAUUGUUAUGUUUUAAUGAUAAUACUAUUAAACACAUGUAUGACCUCCCAUGGAUUGUGGUUUGAUAUGAUUUAUAGUCAACGAUAUAUGUGUUUUCUAUCCCCGAGUCUUGACGAGGGGAUAUAAAACACACGAAGAUUGAAUAUAAAUCAUAUCAAACCACAAACCUUGGAGAAUUCUUUUUAUCACAUGUUAACCCCCACCCACCCGGUUAUUGAUUUACGAUAUUGUAUUGUUGGGGAGUUUGCUAUCUGACAUUUUUUAAACGACUACCUGGGUACGACUUCUCAAUUCACAUCAAUUUAUUCGCUCAAACCAUGUUAAACGGUACAUGGGGUACAAGCAAUAUAAUACAUGUAAGGAAAAUCGUCAGAGGUUCAUAUAUGGAACAAUACAACUUCUUAGGGGAACAUAAUGUACUCUGUAUGUAUAAAUAAACAUAAUAGUAAUAUGUUUAGGAGGUAGCAGAAGAACAAUUACGAAGAACAGACAAUCUCAAAAAUAUGAGAAAUAAAAACAGAUAUUUCUUAAUAUUUUCAUAUCUUAAGUUGAUAACAAAUUAGAAAACUUCAGAAUAUUUGGUCUUCCAUAAAAAAAAAAUGUCUAGAUGUAUUUUGCCUUAAUUGUAAAAAAAGUUGGACACUGUAGAAUUAAAUGGAAUUCAUCUCCUAUUUCUCCUUUAUUACAGAAUGUACAUACGAUUCUGGGAAAUACCAUACCAUAUUCCUGUCUAUAUGGGUAAACGGUGAUUUGAAGUGCCAAAAAGGUGUUGCAUGUCUCAUGUUAAUUUCCCUAAAGGUGUUCCAUGAAAAAUCGAAAAAAUUAAGUUAUUCAAAUAUAUGAUAGAACCAAUUGGAACGUGUCUCUUGAUUCAAUAUUUUUUUCAAAAAUAAGUUUAAAAGACGUGUAUUGACAAAAUUAGCCAACAUAUUUCGAGUUUAAAUCAAGCAAUAAGUGAUUUAUAUGAUUUUUAGCGUUAAAAUGGAGGGGUAUCCCAGAAUUUCAGAAAAAACUGCCUCCGUGAAACAAAGUAAAUUUAGCAUGAACAUGUUCUUCGAGUUUUCUUGUAAAACACUGUCGCUUUGAAAUUUUGUUUCACGAGGGCAUUUUUUAUAAAUUUAAAAAAAUCGAAACGACUUCACUGGUAUUAUUUUCAACUGCACCUGUACGUUAAUUUUCCUUAGUAAUAUAUGGUCUACUGCGUGGUCCAGUGGGUAAAGUCGUCGAUUCUUAUAUGUAAAGAUGUUUUCUAUUUUUAAAACGACCGGGUUCGACUCCCUCACGAACACAUUUUUUUUUUCAUAUUACGUUUUCCAUCUAGAUUUUUUUUUCUUAAUAGAAACACGCUUCUAGUUUUUAUAUAUGUUUCAUGUUAAGUCUUUGUUUAUUACCAUGUGCCGAGUUUGAAAUAAGCUUCGAACCUGGA